AUGGUUUCCGCUGUAUUCGUGAAUGAUUCGGGCAUCGAUGGUCUUGAUUGCUGCAGUGACCACUCCGUAUCCUUCCACUACGUCAGCCCGAAGGACAUGUAUACGCUGGAAUACCUUAUCUACCACCUCUACCCCUACGGAAUCACCAGAGAUCUCUUGGCAGAGGAGGAGGCCAUUAUCGACGACGAGGCGGCAGACUUUGAGACAGCAGAGAAGGAAGCGAUAGCCGCGGCCUCCUCUGCGUGGGUUCCCCUCACACCGCAGUACAUCGACUCCCACUUUCAACUGUGGUCCGUUUCUCGACGUCGAGGCGACAUCUACGAGGGUGUUCGACUGCCUGGUGAUGCAAAGUGGAAAAUUCCUUCUGCCUCGAGUCUGUUAAAGCGUGACUUCAAUCCGGACGAUUACGAACAAGACCUUUUUGAGAUGAAGCAUCGCGCGAACGCGGAGUUGAAGGAGGGUAUUGGGGAAUUGUCCCCCGUUCAAUACGCGAUUCAUGUUCAGUCAACGCCGACAUACCAAGAAAACCUGGCUAUAUCGUCAAUAGCCGAGGAGUACUACUACUUGGCUGGCCACAUCGGCUGGGCUGACCUGCACGACCCUGGGUUUGCGUCCCGUCUGCGCACCCUGAUGCUUGAUCCAUUUCUUGUGGGUCUGCGCCACGAUUUCACCAACUCUGAUGCUGACCUCCUCAUCGACCCGGAGUUGGACAGUGCUUUCGCGGCAAUUGAGCAGAACAAUAUGCCUUUCGAUUUGAUGAUAGGUCCUCACCAGUUGAAGCACGCCUGUCACUUGGCAUACAAACACCCGAAAUUGAAAAUUAUCCUCAACCACUGCGGUUUGCCGCUUGAGCUCACAUCCACACGUCCUGAUGAAGAAAUUCGUUUAACCUCAUGGAAGAGUGACCUGGAGUAUCUGAGCCGCUACCCGAAUGUCUACUGUAAACUUACGGCAACCUCUGGCAAAAUUGUAUCGACACUGGACACAUCUGACGCUACAGUUGAGUCUGCAACUACAACGACCGAAGAUUGGAGUCCUGCAUCGGUUUUGACCCAGGCAAUUGGUUUCUUCGGACCAGAGCGUUGUCUGUUUGGGUCGGGGUGGCCCAUUUGUCGGGUGGUGGCGCCACCUAAGACUGGCUGGUCCGACAGCGGAACAGGAGGUCCUUUGGCGUCGAAGAAACGUGCUGGUCCCCCCAUCCCCGGUUUCAGGGGACAGACGGUCUCGCGUUCUCAACUUUCUGUGUGGGAGGCUGCACGACUAGUCGAACACUGCAUGGAGGAUGCGGGUUUUGGUGCCAUCGAGGACAAGAGAAAAGUCUUUGGCAGCAACGCCCAAACUGUUUACACUUUGAAUAUUCGGCCAUACGGGUCUAGUCGUGAAGAUGUAAUAGCCAAUGAAUUGGCAAAGAAGGUUCGAGUGUACGCACUCAUCCUGACAAUGCCCGCGUCAAAACAUACCAAAGCACUCCACGUCAAAGCGACCUGGGCUCGGAGGUUUAAUGGCUACACGUUCAUUAGCUCCGAGGACGACAAGGAUUUGCCCUCAGUCCGCGCGGUGCCCAAAGAGGGCCGUGAAGCACUGUGGGAGAAAACGCGGUACGCCAUGCUCUACGCCUAUAAAAAACACUUGAAUGAUUUUGAUUUCUUCAUGAAGGCCGAUGAUGAUACCUACGUGAUCGUGGAGAAUCUGCGAUACCUUCUCUUGAAUCACGAUCCGGACCAGCCAAUAUUGAUGGGCAGGCGUUUUGCUGUAUGUCUAAACACCACUUCUUGCCUUUUUUCAACGGUCUUACUAAUUUGUUAUUGA